AUGCAUACCCUUCCCCCAGCGCCUGGCCCCUGGGCAGGUGCCGAGACCAUGCAGCGUUGGCUACAAGCGAAGGUCGAGGAGGACCGUCGCUGCCAAGAGGAGGAGAAGACUCGCCAGGAAACAAUGAAGCUGGAGCGGCGCAAGGUUGACCACGCGAUUCUCGUGGAUGCAAUACGUGCCGGUGUGCCACCGCACCUAGCUCCAUUGGUCUUUGGGGGUGUCGAUGGACCCGUCGAUGGAAAGAUUGCUACACCUGAGAUGCUACAAUAUAUGGCAGAUAUGACUCGACAGACCACGAUACCGACACAUCAGCCGCAGGCACCCCCCGGCCCACCUCAACCUGCGACGCUUCCUUCACUCAGUCAACAGUUCAGUACACCACCGGCAGGGGAUCUACGGGAGAUCCGCACCGUGCCUUCCAAUGCAUAUGCAUCGCCUGCGCAAAACCAAUCACCGGCCAUUAGAAACAGUUCAUCUCAACAGCCAACUGGAGGGGGUGGCGGUCGUGGCCCGUAUGUUUCGACCGUCAUUGCUUCAAAUAAUACACCAGCUGGCAACCUUCCACGUCCGAUGGAAAUGACCGGGCAAAGCCGAUCAACAGCCGUAUUCCACUCUGUGCAUUCCCUUGGUGCACCUCAGCCACCGUCGAACCCUCCUCCUCGCGGUCAACACGAACCACGACCUCGCCGUGCCUCUCCAUCUAUCGCCUUCCACCACUGGAUUCCCCCCGGUCAAUCACAGCCACCAGCCCCAUCAAAUAGAAUACAGGAGGAUCAUGUGCUACCAUCCAAUGGGUCAGCACAGAUGCGCUCCGAGAUACCAGGAUCUCCAGCUCGCAAGAGGAAGUCACUGUCUAUCCAUCAUCAAUUGCCUCCACCCUCCUCUCGAUCCUCUGGUGCGCCAGAACCAAGCUCUCGGUAUGGCCGACAAAGUCCCGCUGGCAGUCAGUCCGGCCAAAUUAGCCUACAAGGGGAUUCCCGACGGCAUAGUGAUGUAUCUAGUUCUCGGGACACUCCAGUUGCAGAAAAAGACCACCCCGACCACCUUCGGGAUGCGAACCGGCCCCGAACUCAUUCGAACUCAUUGGUUACCACUGACCAUGGCUCUCACGGACAUAGGAGGCGAUCUACUGGUGAAAAUACCACAACCGAAGACGAUCACCAAGGGCGUGAUCGAGAAUAUCGAAGGCAGUCCUCCUCCCGUGGACCGGUGCUAGAUGCUGAAGACAAGUCCGAUCCCUCACUGAACACGGGGAACGGCACCGGAUCUAGUACAAUGACCGGUUGGGCCGACAGGGAAUAA